AGUAGCAACUGGUCGAUCCAUCAGGAUGAGGAUCGCCGUCUCUGGGGCUCGAUGAGGCCGAAGCAUCGAAGACGUGAAAAAGCAGCGAUGUGGUCUCCUGGGUUCGACGUGCCGAAGGGAAGAAUGGGAUGGGGUAGGGCAACAGCAUCGUCGCGGUAGGAAAGAGGUCGAGGGAUCAGAGGGGGUUGUCGCCUCCCGUGUUUGCUCCGGGGAAACACCACUUCGGUAGGUUUUGCUCUCGGUGGUUGAAAGAUGAUUGGUAUCCGGACAAGCUUACCCCUGCCAUCACUAAUGGAGAUCAUCUUUCAAUUGUUUGUUUAUUUUCUUGUUGAAGACUUCACAAAUUAUUGGAUCCAUAGAUUUUUACAUUGAAAAUGGGGAUAUGAAAAAAUUCAUAAAGUUCACCAUGAAUACACUUCACCUAUAGCAUAUGCAGCUCCAUAUGUACAUUGGGCUGAGGUUUUGAUCCUUGGGAUUCCAUCUUUUCUGGGACCCGCCAUGGUUCCUGGCCAUAUGAUUACAUUCUGGUUGUGGAUUUCUUUGAAACAGAUUGAAGCCAUUGAGACUCACAGUGGAAAUGAUUUCCCCUGGACAUUCACAAAAUUUAUCCCUUUCUAUGGUGGAGCUGAUUAUCAUGAUUAUCACCAUUAUGUUGGUGGACAAAGUCAAAUCAAUUUUGCAUUUGUCUUCACUUACUGUCAUUACAUUUAUGGAAUAGAAAAGGGCUAUUGUUACCAGAAGAAAGUCUUGGAACAGUUAAGAGAUGGAAAAGGAAAUGAUGGAUCGAAUGCUUCAGGACAAGAUAUAAAAUCUGAGUAGGCAUGGAUAUGGAAAUCUCUUGUUGGUAUUGAUUUUCAUAAUCCUUGGUAGUUUUUUAUGAAAAAGUUGGACAUUUUCUGCUUAGGUUACUAGACUUAAACUUGUGUUAGUUUUUGAAUAUUUAUAUCAAUAGUUUCAUUUCACCUCAUUGUUAUGAUUUUUAUCAUUGUAACAAUGAGUGGUUGUAUUUUUCAUUUGCAGGUAUACAUGAAAUCAAGAAGAAGAAUGUUCUUGUUUUCUUCGCUGGAAAGGGUACAUAUGAGACUUACAACAUUCUAUUGGAAUGGAAUCUUGAAUUCCGAUUAUGCCAGAAUAGAAUCUUGAAGACGAACAUUCUAGGGUAGGGAUGAGCAUAUGACCCGUUGGACCGGACCGGACCGGAAAAAAACCGGGACCGGAUCGAAUAUACAUAUUAAUGGGCCGGUUUUCGGGUUUUGUUUUUACCGCUAAUCGGGUUUCGGGUUUGGACCGGACCGUACCCGGAAUACGGGAUUUAACCCGGACCGGACCGAAAAAAAAUUUCUCCUUAAAAUAUAUAGAUAAGGAUAUUGAAUUAUUAGUUAAUGUUAUAUAUAACAUUAUGUAUAAAACUUGAUGUUUUUAUUGUAACAUUAUUUAUAGAUCUUGAUCAACGUUUGUUCCUAUCA